AUGAAUAAAAUUUUAAAGAAUAUUAUUAAUAAAUCAUCAAUCAAUAAUGUUUUUAAAACAUCAUUUAAUGGUGGAAUUUCAUCAUCAUCCUCAUCCUCAUCAUCUUAUUUAAAUAAUAAUAAUAAUAUAAUAAAAUCAUAUAAUGUACAACAAAAACAACAACAAAGAUAUUAUUCUUCAUUUGAAGAUGAUUUAUCACCAAAAAAAUUAAAAGAAAAGAUUUUAGAAAAUGAAACAGAAGAGAUUAGAGAUUUUGUAAGAUCACAAAGAUUAACAAAGAAAACAGCAUCACCAUUGGAAGGAAUGAAUAGAAAAGAAAGAAGAAAAAUGACAACCAAACUUUAUAGAAAUCCAGAUAAUUUAAUUAGAGGCGGAAUAGUUUCACCUCAACCAUUAAUUCCAGCACAUAUUAAAAAACCAAAAUAUGUUUUAGGUGAACCAGUUAUAGAUUUUGAAAUAGAUGAUCCAAUUGAAAUUCAUACAGCAGAAAGUAUUGAACAUAUGAGAGUAGUUGGUAAAAUGGCAAAAGAAGUUUUAGAAUAUGCUGGUACAUUAGUCAGACCAGGUAUUACAACUGAUGAAAUCGAUAAAUUAGUUCAUCAAAAUAUUAUAGACCGUGGUGCCUAUCCAUCACCAUUAGGAUAUAAAGGUUUUCCAAAAUCAAUUUGCACUUCAAUAAAUGAAGUAUUAUGUCAUGGUAUUCCUGAUGAUAGACCUUUGGAAUUUGGUGAUAUUGUAAAAAUUGAUGUAACCCUCUAUUAUAAUGGUUAUCAUGGUGAUACUUGUGCAACUUUUCCAGUAGGUGAAAUUGAUUCUUCUUCAAAACGUUUAAUUGAAGCUACAGAAAAAGCAUUAUAUGCUGCAAUUGGUGAAGUUAAAGAUGGUGCUUUAUUUAAUAAAAUUGGUAAAAAGAUUCAAUUAGUUGCAAAUAAAUAUUCAUUAAGUGUAACACCAGAAUUUACAGGACAUGGUAUAGGUCAACUUUUCCAUACAGCACCUUUUGUAUUCCAAUGUGCAAAUGAAUUUGAUUCAGUUAUGAAAGAAGGUAUGAUUUUUACUAUUGAACCAGUUUUAGUUGAAUCAACAUCUCCAUAUGCAGAAUGGAAAAUGUGGGAUGAUAAAUGGACAGUUUCCUCAAGAGAAGGUGGUUGGUCUGCUCAAUUUGAACAUACAAUUUUAGUAACAAAAGAUGGUUAUGAAAUUUUAACAAAAUAA